UUGGAGUCGGGGCGCCGGGCAGGGCCUGUCUUGCGGGAGACGCGCAGAGGGGCGCUCCCUUCCCUAGCCGACCACAGACGACCCAGGGAGAUGCGGUGCAAGCGCCUCCCCAAAUGCAUCCCAGCUCCAAGCCAAGCUCGCAGAAAUAAAUGAUGAAAAUUUCCUGUGAAGCAUAAGAAUUGCUGACUGUGGAAGUGCCGUAAGCACUGUUAACUAUAAAAUAAGAAAAAGUAUGAAAGAACCAUCUGGUUGAGUCUAACAUUUGAAGACCACCACAUCCACCAGAAGACCCAGAAUGGAUCUGCACCAAAGCACCGCCAUCACUUUCCUGGAGAAAUGGUGUUCAGAUGAGUCACUGUCUGGCUGCAGGAGACAUUACAAUGUCAAGAAAAAACUGAAAUUUAUUCGAAUCUUAGGCCUUUUCAUGGGCCUGGUAGCCAUUAGCACUGUCUCAUUUUCAAUGGGUGCCUUUUCUGAGACAGACACACAGAGCACAGGAGAGGCCAGUGUUGUAAGUGGCCCUAGGGUAGCACAGGGUUACCGUCAAAGAACUCUCUUAGAUCUAAACGACAAGAUUCAGGAUUACACUCCACAGCCAUCUCUUUCUACGGAAGACAAAUCUGAGAAUGGUUCAGUUCCUGCCCAAGGAGACUACCCUAGAGACAUCUUUUCCCUUGAGGAGAGAAGAAAAGGUGCAGUCAUUCUCCAUGUCAUUGGAAUGAUCUACAUGUUCAUAGCCUUAGCCAUUGUCUGCGAUGAGUUCUUUGUUCCUUCUUUGACUGUCAUCACUGAAAAACUGGGCAUCUCUGAUGAUGUGGCUGGAGCCACUUUUAUGGCUGCAGGGGGGUCAGCCCCAGAACUUUUCACGUCUCUCAUAGGGGUAUUUAUUGCUCAUAGCAACGUUGGCAUAGGCACAAUCGUAGGUUCAGCAGUAUUCAACAUCCUCUUUGUUAUCGGCAUGUGUGCUCUGUUUUCUAGAGAAAUCUUAAACCUGACAUGGUGGCCGCUCUUUCGGGAUGUGUCCUUCUACAUCGUUGACUUGAUCAUGCUGAUCAUAUUUUUCCUGGAUAAUUUUAUCAUGUGGUGGGAAAGCUUGCUUCUCUUAACAGCUUAUGUUUGCUAUGUGAUUUUCAUGAAAUUCAACGUCCAAGUAGAAAGAUGGGCGAAGCAAAUGAUAAAUCGCAAUAAAGUCGUCAAAGUAACAGCACCAGAGGCCCAAGCAAAGUCAUCUGCAACCAGGGACAAGGAUGAACCGGCUCUCCCGGCUAAGCCACGUCUCCAGCGGGGUGGAAGUUCUGCUUCCCUUCACAACAGUCUCAUGAGGAAUAGCAUCUUCCAGCUCAUGAUACACACCCUUGACCCUCUCGCUGAAGAACUUGGAUCAUAUGGAAAACUAAAAUAUUAUGACACAAUGACUGAAGAAGGGAGGUUCAGAGAAAAGGCUUCAAUUCUCCACAAGAUCGCCAAGAAGAAAUGCCAGGUGGAUGAGAACGAGAGGCAGAAUGGGGCUGCCAAUCACGUGGAAAAAAUCGAACUCCCAAACAGCACCAGCACAGAAGUGGAAAUGACACCACCCAGCGAUGCUUCCGAACCCGUGCAAAAUGGAAACCUCUCGCACAGCAUUGAGGCUGCAGAAGUCCAGACCACAGAGACAGCUGACGAUGAAGACGACCAGCCUCUCAGCCUGGCCUGGCCUGCCAACACCCGCAAGCAAGUCACAUUUCUGAUCGUUCUUCCCAUAGUCUUUCCUCUCUGGAUCACCUUACCGGACGUUCGCAAACCUUCAUCGAGGAAGUUUUUUCCCAUCACGUUCUUUGGCUCCAUCACCUGGAUUGCAAUAUUCUCUUACUUGAUGGUCUGGUGGGCGCACCAGGUUGGGGAGACAAUUGGCAUUAGUGAGGAGAUUAUGGGUCUGACCAUCUUGGCUGCUGGGACCUCCAUCCCUGAUCUGAUCACCAGCGUCAUAGUGGCCCGGAAGGGGCUAGGGGACAUGGCCGUGUCCAGCUCUGUUGGAAGCAACAUUUUUGACAUCACUGUAGGGCUCCCGCUGCCCUGGCUCCUGUACACCAUCAUCCGCAAAUUCCAGCCGGUGACUGUCAGCAGCAACGGCCUCUUCUGUGCCAUUGUGCUCCUCUUCAUCAUGCUGCUCUUCGUCAUCCUCUCCAUCGCCCUCUGCAAAUGGCGGAUGAACAAAGUGCUGGGCUUCAUCAUGUUCGGCCUCUACUUCGUGUUCCUGGUGGUCAGCGUCCUCCUAGAAGACAGAAUCCUUAUGUGCCCUGUCUCCAUCUAGCAGGAAAAGCCAUAUCUUGAACCAACAGCAGGGAUGGUCCCUCCCCGCUCUGGGCUCCAGGCUCCUUGAGCGCUUUUGAGCAGAGGCAGCUGACACACAGCCCUGGAGGCCACGUGUCCCUCCUUGGCCGACUGGAGGAGGGAUGGAGUCACACUGGGCCCACUCUCUUCGCAGGCUGCUUCCAUCCUUGCCUACGGAAAUGACUUCGCCUAAGAGACAAAGAGAACCGUCACUACGGGGCUUCUGCCCACUCACCGCUGACAGGUACUCCUCGCUGGUCGGAGGUACACUCGCUGUAACGACGAAAACAAGGACGGAGGCUCUCUAUAUACGUAUAACAUAUACAUACUAUAAAUACACGCACAUGAACACACAAACCCUGCUUGUUCCUGUACUAUACCUCUGCUUCCUUACUAUAGAUUAAUAUAUACCUGUAUAUAAACACAAAGAAAGAGAAAUUAUAUAUAUAUAUAACCAUAUAUAUUAAUAUAAUAUAUAUAAGUACAAAUGCAUCUUUUCAGGGAUAGCUCUAGUAUAUUUAUAGUACCUAUUUGAAGUGGGGCAUCAACCUUCAGUCUGGGCUUUACCUCUUAAGCACAAGAGGUGAAACUAUUAAUAAUAGAAUCAGUAGACAAAGGUAGAAUUGCUGUGACCUUCAACCUACCUUGAACUUACUGAGAUCCUGCUUUGGUGAGGUGGACAGUUUAAUGAAAUAGUUUGCAGGGCAGAGGGCUUGGUGGGAAGGGUAUGUAAGGGCCCUGAGUUGAGCCCCCCAAAACACUCCCACAAGCCUAAGAGGGAAGGCAAUGUGUUCACCUCCACUGGGGUACACUGGCUGAAACUCACAGGGUUACUUAGAACAAACAGAGGUAAAAUCCAGACUGGGUGGAAAUCGGUUUUGGGGGGAGGGAGGUAACCAGGGUUGGAUUUUUGGUUUUGUUUUGUUUUAUCUUAUAUUGUCCCAGCAUGCACGUAGAAAAUAUGACUACAAACCAAAUUAGUGCUUUUCUAGGACAGCAAGACUAUAUAAACUAAACCUAUUUUUUUUUCAACGCAUGUCCCAUUCUCAUCAAAAGAAGAGGGGUGAGUUCAGCUGUGAUUGUCAUUUAGGCAUAUUUUGAUGCUAAGGACAUAAACAUAGUCGAAAUGCCUGCCAAGAGAGCCUAGAUGUGUGAUAAGAAAUACCAUCCAGCUCAGCAGGACUUGCCACUUCAUGGGAAUGUAAGAGCAUAGUUUUUUAAAGCGUUUUUCCAGUGUGGUCCUAAACGGCUUGAGGGUCUGAAGAAAGCACUGUUCCCAAUAGAACUAAAUUAACUCUGACCAAUCCUGCUUGGAUUGAGGCAGCUUAGAGAUGUUUGGAAAGGCAUUUGCACACUCAGCACACCCAGGAAGGUUUCUGAGUCCUGUGUCAGGUCGUGGCAGCACGAGGGUCUGGUUAAAGCCCAUGCAACACCUGUGUCUCUUCUUCCAUCAGGACCCCAUCUGGGACUCUGGCUAGCUUUCAGAGUUCAGUAAAGACUAUACUUGACAGCUUCUUUACGCUGGUUUCAAGCCAGUCACUUUAAUGUUUUUAAUUUUUCCUGAUUUUGCUCAGCAUGACAUGGGAUAUUUUCAUUUCAUUCAUUCAGUGCCCCCAAGUUCUGUUCGACACCUUGUAUGAUCUCAGGUCUAUGUCAGUGGAAAAUAAAACCAGCAGUGGGGGGGGGGGGACAGGCAAACUGAACUGAUGAAAAAAUAUGUAGAGCACUUUUUCCAUUUCCCCAAGUCAUGCUUUCCUUAAUAUCAAUUGAAAAAGUGAUUAGAGGAUGGCCCAUCAUUCUGCACCCAUCCUAUGUCUAAGCUGGCACACAUCACAUGUGGGGAACUUCACCGAAUGUGUUCUUCCCUCCAGUCUACUCUGUCACUGGUACCUGCUGUGGUUUUGUUGUGAGCACAUACCUCUCAACAUAGGGAGGCAGGAUGCCAAACUCACAGCUGAGCAAGAGGAAAGGUAACCUGACAACUCCAGCUCAGUAUUUCCUCCACAAAACCUCAGCUCCCUCCACAGAUCAGGGCAAUAAUGGGCAAUGCCCAUCAUUGCUCUUCGCCCACAAGCAAAAAGCACUUCAAAUUGGAGACCCCCCGGGAAAACAAGAAAGCAAGAUGGCUGCCACCUAGAAGGCUAGCUGUCAAGUCUCCCCCACUUGCAAAGCUGGGUUUUCAGAUGUGUGAAAGAAACCUGCAUCCCUUUAACCAAGGGCAAGACUUUGUAUCGAGGCAAGAAUUUGUGCUGGUUCCUUACAGUGAAAGAGAAUAAGGAAGUGAACUUUUAGUUUAAAAAUCUCUGGUUGUUUACCCAGUGUAUUGCUUGAAGGGGAGCAAAGUUGGUUAUUGGGUGAAUUCUAGAUUGACUGGUUUGUUGUUCAAAAAGAGGUUUAAAUAGGUGACUUUGACUCAACUGCAGAUAGACCAUGUAAAAGGAUCAAGGUUGAGGGAGGUGCCGUGCUACCCGCUUCUUAUUCCAACACUUUCUGGUCCUCCCCUGCUUCCUCACACCUUCCCGUUCAUUCCCAGCUCACAGUGAGGACUGACCCAGGCAGCCUGGAGCACUGUACUUGCCUGGGAGCUCCACUUCACAGGGAGUGUUGUGGUCCUUAAUGAAAAGUUGCAUUUGAGAAGACAACAUUCCCAGGCCCAGUUCUCACCUCAGUGAUAUGCACUGCACAUAACCUACAUCAACCUUGUUCCCUCACUGAAUGGGAUACAAGCGUCCUCCACUGCUUGCCCCUGCUUUCCUUUCAUUUAUGUGUCUGUGAGUAUGUGGUCAUGUCUUGGGCUACGGUAAAUUCAGAGAGAAGUGUGUAGAAGGCAACAAUGAGUCUUAAAAGCAUUCAAAUCAUUCACAUAAUUAUAAGAAAGAACUUUCCACAUCAUGGGUUCCAGAGUAGGCCAUCUCUAACCCCCUUCCUGCAUGCCUGUGUAUAUACAUAUAUAAAUACAAAUAUAUAUAUAUAUCUUUAUACCAGAUCUAUAUGUACACAUACAGUAUGACUUACAUCGUCACCCUCUGACCCAACCACAUUCAGGAUUCCAAAGCAGGGUGCAUCAAGUUUGGACGAAGUCAAGGAAAAGGAAGGUCAUGCACACAAACCAAAGGGAACAGUUCUUCCUGAUCUCACAAGGUUGUUUUGUUCUGUGCACGUAUACAUACAGACACACACAUAUGCACCCAUAUUUUCCCUCCCUAAGAAUACAGAUUUAUAGCCUUAAGGAAAUGGCCAGCCAUAUCCCUAAUACUGAUGUGGAGGCAAAGAAUACACAACAGAAAAUAUAUUUUCAAAAUUUAGACUGCAGGUACUCUCUUUGCGUCCUUGGAGCAGGGUAUAAAAUAAUAUCAAAAAUUCAAGAGACAACAUUUUACUGCUCAAACUAAAAUAAAUGAUUUACACCCAAACAGUUCUAUUUACCCACAGCAAACCAAGCAGGUCUUGCUUGCUGUCACCUCCCCUUGUCCCUCCUGGGAACCCCAGGACAGCAGAGCGACUUGGCUCAAACUGACAGUUCCCAAAUAGAAACUUCUAAAUUGCAUCUGAGAAUGCCCACACCAUCUCCAGCUGCCCUCUGAACCUGACCAGUUCCUGAGGAUCUGAAGCCAGAGAUCAGACGGUAUUGAUGCAGCUUCCCGGGACCUCAGCUGAGCCAGGCCGUGGCGGGUCAGGGAAGCAGAAUGGAUGCGCAGGGACUGAGGGAUAGGGCUGUUUAUCCAUGUGGCAGAUGCGGUAGAAUGUCCUAAAGCCUUGCCCAGAAGAUUAUAAAAAGAAGCAGGGACUGUUUAUGCUGUCCCUGAAGCAUAUUCAGGGAAAAUGCUUUGUAAGGCUUCUAACAGGUGUCACCUGACAGAGGCCAUUAUCAUUUAUUUCAUAGAGAAGACAUGAAUCAGGUGGUUUGGAGCCCUUUCAGCAAAACACAGCUGCUUUGCUGAUUAGACAUUUGAUAAUGUUAACGUACAUCCAUUCCUGGGUUAGGGAGAGAGUUGGCAAACUCCUGGCUUUUCAAUGCCUCUAUAACAGCAAGAGAGGAGAUGAACUAUAAAUGGAAGCCACCCCCUCCCACCCCAUGCCCAGACCACCUUAACAGAAAGUUGACCAAGGAAAUGACAACUGAUAGAGCUGCUGGCCAGACAGAGAGUUAAUAACAAGACGGAAUUUAUGUUAAAUGCUCAGCAGAAAUCACUGCAUUGGACGGUCUGACCUGGGUCUGAUGGCUUGCCUGCAUGCAAGCGUUUCAGAACAUGUCAGUGUGCUUUUCUCCCCAUCUACCAAAUGCACACGCACGCCCCCACACAGAGAAGACCACGAGGGUGCUGUGCUUCCUCGCACCUGGGCAGAUUCUUACUCCAGGAAGCAAGUGGUCAUACUCUAGGUGGCAGGUCUGUUCCAGAAGAAAUGAAUUUAAGCUGUUCUCAGGGUGAUUUCUGGAUAAAUCAACUGUCUCAUGAAAGCAUGCAUAGAAGCUAAUGCUUAUUCUUACUAAGUCAGGUCUUCCUUAAAAGCCUCAGUUAAUGUUUUUAAAAGAUACAUCCUCAGCCCCUCAACAAUAUUGUCCAAUUAGUAAGUCAGGCUUUGUUAUUAAGAGAGAUUUAGUGAGAUAAAUAGAAGAAUAAGGAAAGGGAAGAAAGAAAUAAUUAAUUUACUUUUACUAGGAUUCCCAGAAGGUUAAGUGUCACAGAGAAAUAUAUUCCUAUGUAGUUUUAAAUGGUUACAAAUAUCAAGCUAAUUUUAACCAAUUACAAGAGCCUUUUUAUAGUCCAAGAUUUUUUUUAAAAUACUCAAGAAGGCCUUAGGAAAGAAAGGUAACCACGCCCUGCUCUGCUGUCUGUAUUUAAGUUUAGCUCCCUGCCUCUGCAUCUUUGUGUUUCUUGUUGAACCUCACAGCUUCAUAUUUUUUAAAUAUAUAGCAAACAAGAAGCAAUAAAGGAAAUAUAGCCAGUUCAAUCCCAUUACUUAUUAUUACACCAUCACAAUAUUUCUUUCACUUCAUUGGGGGCCUUAAGCCUGCAUAGGCUGUGGUACGUAAUCACCAGGAGUAUGUAGGCGUCUGUGAAAAUCAUAGGCACACUCAAGUUUGCUAUGGAAGGAAUGUGUUUUCCACAUAGACCCCCCUUCACCAAUGUGCACACUGCCGUCAGACACGCCUUCCUCACACUCGGGGAGUCAGCCUUGCUCAGAACCACCCGGACUCUGCAGGGUCCUCCAUCUGGCCAGUUUUCUUUAGUGAAACUCAAUGGAAAUCAAGCAGGUAGGAGGGGGAUGAGUGGAAUGGGUAAAUUCACACCGAACGGGCACAAUGCAC